GCGGCGGCAGCGGCCGGGCCCGCGGGGCGGCAGCGCAGGGCCGCCGCCUGCCCGCCGGCGGGGCGCGCCCGGCUGGGGGCGAUGCGGCGGCCCGGCGCGGCGGCGGCAGCAGCGGCAGCAGCGGCGGAGCACGGCCCGGCACCGCGGCGCCGCCCCCGGCGGGCGCUGAGCGGCGGCGGCGGCGGCGACGCGACGGGACGGGACAUGCGGCCGGCGCCCCGCCGGCGCUGAGCCCCCGCCUCCCGCAGCCUGGGGGCGGUUGGUGUCCCCGAGGACGGCGCGGGGCGAGAAUGACGGAGCCGGCCGGGCGGCAGAAGCAUGAGGUGGCAGGACGGCUCUCCCUCUGAAGGGCCCCGGCGGAUGCUCGCGUGGCCGCUGGCCCUCCUGGCCCUGAGCGCGUGCCGCUGCCGCGGGGCGGGUGGCCCAGUGCCCGACCAGCAUGCCUCCGCCGCGGCCUCCUCCUCCUCCUCUUCCUCCAGCGCGGUGCCCCUCGACUGGCUCCUCACCGACCGCGGCCCCUUCUACCGAGCCCAGGAGUACGUGGACUUCAUGGAGCGCUACCGGCAGGGUUUCACCACCAGGUACAGGAUCUACAGAGAGUUUGCGCGCUGGAAGGUGAAUAACUUGGCCCUGGAGAGGAAAGAUUUCUUCAGCUUGCCACUGCCCCUCGCCCCCGAAUUCACCCGCAACAUCCGCCUGCUGGGACGCAGGCCCAGCCUGCAGCAGAUCACCGACAACCUCAUCAAAAAGUAUGGGACGCACUUCCUGCUCGCCGCCACGCUGGGAGGAGAGGAGUCCCUGACCAUUUUUGUGGACAAACGCAAGCUGAGCCGGCGAGCAGAGCCCGUCGGUGCCGCAGGAGGGGCCGGGAACAGCUCCGCGGUCUCGCUGGAGACCCUGCACCAGCUGGCCGCCUCCUACUUCAUCGACCGGGAGAGCACCCUGCGCCGGCUCCACCACAUCCAGAUCGCCACGGCGGCCAUCAAGGUGACAGAAACGCGGACGGGGCCGCUCGGCUGCAGCAACUACGACAACCUGGACUCGGUCAGCUCCGUCCUGGUGCAGAGCCCCGAGAACAAAGUGCAGCUCCUCGGGCUGCAGACGGUGCUGCCCCGCUACCUGCGGGAGCGCUUCGUGGCGGCCGCCCUCAGCUACAUCGCCUGCAGCUCCGAGGGCGAGCUGGUGUGCCGGAGCAACGACUGCUGCUGCCAAUGCCGCCCGGCCUUCCCCCGCUGCAACUGCCCCGAGGCCGACAUCCAGGCCAUGGAGGGCAGCCUGGCCCAGCUCCAGCGCGCCUGGGAGAACCACCACGGCCAGUUCGAGGAGUCAGAGGAGUUCCAGGCCCUUGUGAAGAGGCUCCCGGGGGACCGUUUCCUGAACAGGACAGCCAUCUCCCACUACUGGGCCACGGACCUGGACGUCCAGCAUCGCUACCAGCAGCUGGGCACCAGCUUGAAGCUGCUCUCCAGGAAAACCCACCGAAUCAUCCGGCGGCUCUUCAACCUCAGCAAACGCUGCCACAGGCAACCUCGCUUCAAACUGCCAAAGGAGAGGUCUCUACCCUACUGGUGGAGCCGCGCUCAGUCGCUCCUGUACUGCAGUGAGACCACCGUGCCUGGGACUUUCCUGGAAGAAAGCCACAGCUGCACUUGCCCCUCUGACCAAGCCUCCUGCCAGGGGCCAAUACCAUGUGCCUUGGGAGAAGGGCCAGCCUGCGCCAGCUGUGCCGAGGACAACAGCACCCGCUGCGGGGCCUGCAACCACGGCUACGUGCUCACCCAGGGCUUCUGCCGUCCCGAGGUCGCCGACUCCCUGGAGCACUACCUGGGUCUUGAGACAGACCUGCAGGACUUGGAGCUCAAGUACCUCCUCCAGAAACGGGACAGUCGCAUCGAGGUGCACUCUAUCUUCAUCAGCAAUGACAUGCGCUUGGGGAGCUGGUUUGACCCCUCCUGGAGGAAGCGCAUGCUCUUGACCCUGAAGAGCAACAAGUACAAGCCUGGGCUGGUCCACGUGAUGUUGGCCCUCUCCCUGCAGAUCUGCCUCACCAAGAACAGCACCCUGGAGCCUGUAAUGGCCAUCUAUGUCAACCCCUUUGGGGGAAGCCACUCAGAGAGCUGGUUCAUGCCCGUCAACGAGGGCAGCUUCCCAGACUGGGAAAGGACUAACGUAGAUGCCUCUGCCCAGUGCCAAAACUGGACACUGACUUUAGGGAAUAAGUGGAAGGCCUUCUUUGAAACGGUCCACGUCUACUUGAGAAGCCGCAUCAAGUCUCUGGAUGACAGCUCCAAUGAGACAAUCUACUAUGAACCCUUGGAGAUGGCAGAUCCCUCCAAGAACCUGGGGUACAUGAAAAUCAACAGCUUGCAAGUCUUUGGCUACAGCCUGCCCUUUGAACCGGACGCUAUUCGUGACCUGAUCCUUCAGCUGGACUACCCCUACACACAGGGCUCCCAGGACUCAGCCAUGCUACAGCUUUUGGAGAUCAGGGACCGGGUGAACAGGCUGUCACCCCCUGGCAAAACCCGCCUUGACCUCUUCACGUGCUUGCUCCGCCAUAGGCUCAAGCUGGCCAACAACGAGGUGGCGAGGAUCCAGUCCUCCUUGAGGGCCUUCAACGCCAAACUGCCACACACAGUAGAGCAGGAGACAGGCAAGCUCUGCAGCUAACAGCCAGGGCUGUGCAGAUCUCAGAGCAAGGGGGCCAGGAAAAAGGACUCCAAAAAAAAAAAAAUAAAUAAAAAACCAACCCACCCUAAAAAAAAUUAAAGCAAGGCCUUACCUUGGUGCCAACUGCGUGCUUCCAUGAUAGCCCCAGCGACUGGCCAAAGAGAUGGCAGGGCUCGUGCCGACGGAGGAAGCUGGCAGGAGUACAUGGGGUGGCUCGUGCAGCUCAGACUGGCUUCAAGCAGAGGGAUGCUGCCAGUAAGCCCAGCCUGCGGCACUUUGGUUUUAAUGCACCUCCCUGCUGUCGCACCAGGGAGGACACUCAGCUCCUGCGGCUGAUGCGGGGUUGGGGGGGAAGAGGUUCAGCAGGAGGCAGCCACAGGCAGGCAAGGACCAAACCCUGAGAUGCCGUCAGCCUGGCGUGGGCCCCCCUGCCGAGGGCCCCCCUCGCACAUCUCCAUCGCACGGAGAAACCAGCGGUGUGUCCUCAGCAGCCUCACUUUUGUAUUCUUUUUAAGAGAGGUUUCUACCACCGCCUUUGCUUUACAUCCCCGCGCUCCUUCCUGCGGCUGUGCCCUUGCACACAUGCCCGUGGCAUGGGGCUGGGGACCUCCCUGGGGCCUCUUCACCCAGCCGCAGUGAGGGCGGGCAUCUCGGUGAGCGUCCCUCAUCCGCUGCACUGGACUCGCACCACGGUACGCCAAGCCAAGGCGGCGUCACCACUCAAGGGGGCAAGGACCUGGCAUCCACCCCAGGGACGUUGCUGUUACGGACGGAGGUGGACAUCUCUGGGCUGCUUUUCCUUAUGACAACAAAAAAAAAAAAAAAGAAAAGAGAGAAAAAGAAAAAAAAGUUUUAUUUAUGUAUUUAUUUGGUUGUUUUGUUUUGGAGGGCUUUUUUUUUUUUCUAACCUAUUUAUUUGGGGAGGGUCAUUUGUUGUCAGUGGCUCCAGCCAGGAGACAUCUUAGUAAAAUGUUAUCUGUUUAAUAUA